AUGGGGACAAAUCUAACACUUCUGAUAUCAUUUUUAUUAACCCUUGGUAAGCCGAAAACGACCAUUGCAAUGCGUGAUUGUAAUUUGUUUUUUUCAGCUGUAAAUACUUACGAAAUCCCCAACACCUCUUCACAAUGCCCUCCAAACUACAAUGGAUCGAUAGCUGGAAGCGCCUGUAGUCAAGAGGUAAAUUUCUGUGGUUUUUUGGAAUCAAAGUAUUUACAAACCAAUUUCAGUACACCCUUUGCGUGAAUGGAAUUCAACAAGCAGCUGUCUGCCAAGAAGGUUUUGUUUUCUAUGAGAAUGCAUGUGUUACUAUUGAAAACUCGCCUGAAUGUCAGACCAGUGAAGAACCAACGGAAAAUGGCUAUCAAUCGCAGCCACCCACACAAAAUGAAGUGGAAGCAGAAGAUUUUGGUUCGUUAUUUUCAUUGUGAAUUUACAACAGUUCAAUUAUUUUCAUUUUCUAGAUUGUUCAUCGAAAGAAGAUGGAACAUAUCAAAACGGCUGCAGCAAUAUAUUCUUCAAAUGUGUCAAUGGACAAGGCUUAUCCAAUGUUCUGUCCAUCAAACUUGGUUUAUCUCGCUGAAUACAACCAAUGUUUGGAAUCAUGCGACGCAGUUCCCCCACAAGUUGAAAUUCCAACCACAACAGCACCAUCAACAGAUGAAGUUUAUGAUGAACCAACCAUUCCAUCUGUCUCAGUUGGAGAACACUUUGAUUGCUCAAAUUUAGAAGAUGGAAAUUACGUUGAAGGUUGUUCAUCGGUUUACUACGUGUGUUCAAAUGGAAAUACUCUCGUCAGUCAUUGUCCAGCUGGAUUGGUUUAUAAUCACGCUCAAAAAGUAUGCGAGUAUACUUGUGAUUCAACCACAACCACUUCCACAUCAACGACUACCAUUGUUCCAACAACCGAAGAAGUUGUCGCUGAGGAAGAACCAAUUGAUAUUUAUACACCAGUUCCAACAGAAGAUACAACCACAACAGAAGCUGAAGUGCUCUACAGCUCUUCUACAACUACCACUGAAGCACCAAUAGCUUCCUCGUCAGAAUUACCAACUUCUUCUGAGGAACCAAUUCCAACUUCGUCCGAAGAACCAAUUUCAUCAUCUUCUGAACAACCAGUUGCCACUUCAACUGUCGCUGAUGACGCUGUUCCAGUUCCAGUUGCAACCUCGACAGUUCAACCAAUUCCAGAAGUUACAUCUGGAUAUUCUGUCAAUUCCAACCAAGUUUGCCAAAACGGACAGAUCACAAGCUUCGGAUCGUGUGCUUCUCGUUUUUCAAAAUGCCAAAACAAUGCGAUUGUCAACAAGCAAUGUCCAGUCAACACAUUGUUCGAAAGUGCUCUUCUUCUUUGCGUUUACGAUCUUCCACAAUGUCAACCAUCUGUCACACCAAUUCAACAUUUCAUCUACCAACAAAGUGAUCGUGUUGUUAGUCCAUUUGAUGAUAGUAUCGCUUUGAGACCACGCAGAUAUCGUCCAAAUCGUAAUCGUGGACCAUCUCGUAGACCAAUCUUCGAUGAUCAACAAUAUAUUGAUAAUCCUUUCUUUGUUCCACCAAGAAGAUCUCAAUAUCGUCGUCGUGGACCAUCAUUCAGAAGACGUCAAUCGAGAAGAUUCUUGAGACGUGAGUAUUUACUUUUUGAUUGGCUUAGCAAAAAUAUGACAGUCUUGUCGCUUGUGGCAACAUUUUCUAGAAAUGCUAAUUUAAGAAAACGUGUAAAAUAGAAUAAAAUUUGUUUUACACGUUUUUCAUUUUUGGCAUUUCUUAAAAUGUAUCACGAUAAAAAAUUUUCCCUCCUUUUUUCCAUUCUUCUGAAUCUAAUUGUUAUGAUAUUUUCAGCAUCAAUCGAUUCGGCUUUCGCUUCUCCAUUCCAUCGCCGUGCAUUUGUUUCUGAUGUUUAUUCCGACAACAGACGCACCCAUCAAGGAAAAAUCGAGUAUGGAAACAGCCGAGUUGCUCAAGGAGACCGUACUUUUGUCGUUGAUGAUGCAUUCAAAGGUGCUCGUCGAUUUGGCUUCCACUCAAAUAUCAACGAUGUAUUCCCGAAAUCUGCAACUCAACUCGAAGUCGAAGGAUCUGGUUACAAUCCACAGAAAGGUUUUGAAGAUCGGGAUCGCGAAGAGGCAGAAGUUGUGGAAGAUGAAGGACCAGAAGAGCCAGUACUUACUCGCCGCAAGAGAUAUGCACCAGUCAGCGCACCAACAACUUAUUCCACCCAAACCACCGCAACAUACACCAACACUCAGCAAAACAAUAGACAAGCUCAAGUUGUAAGAUUUAUAGAUAAUAAUUCUUCAAAAAUCUUGAAUUUCAAUUUUAAAAAUAUUUUUUAGAACCAAAACUGUCAAGGUGUUACCACCCCACAAUUCUUCAACUUCGGACAAUGUUUCGAUGAGUUUAUCUAUUGUAGUGGAACCGGGGUCAACAGAGUGAGUUUUUCUAACAAAAAAAACGAUUAUUUUCAAAUAUUUUAAAAUUUUCAGUUUGCUGCUUGUCCAAUUGGCGAGCAAUUUGACACCACAAUCAACUCUUGCUCUUCGGUUUGUGGAAAUUCUUCAACUUCUGCCGAUGUUACAGUUGGAGGAUAUGAUUUCGUCUCAUCGAGCACUACCUCUUCCCCAAUUGGAGAAGAUCAAACAACUACAACUUCGCAACCAAUUGCAGUCACUGUUGAAACAACAACAUCUUAUGGAGAAUCCACAACUUCUACAGCUGUUGCACCAACUCCAGCGCCAGUUGGAGAUCGUUGUAAUGGUAUCAAUGAAGAUCUUGUUGCACUUGGUUGUUCACAAGAAUAUAUUCAUUGCUCUGGUGGAAUCGCUAUCCGUCGUCUUUGCCCAGCCGCUUUGUAUUUCGAUGAAAUCGCACUUGUUUGCAAUUAUCGUGAAGCGGUUGCUGCUUGUAAUGGCAGCGAUGAUACUCCAUCAGUAUUCCAAACCACUCAAAAACCAUCUCAAGUUUCAACAACAACAACAUCUUCACCUCAAGAAUCAACAUAUGGUCCAACAGUUGCAACACCUUACAAACCAACUACAACAACUGUCACCAGUGGAUAUGGACAAAUUGUAUCAGCUUGUUCUGGAUUGACAGAUGGAGCUCAUGGAUCUGCAUGUGCCACAUCAUUUAAUGAAUGCGCUAAUGGAACAUUGGUCAAAACUUCGAUUUGUAAACCUGGAGAAGGAUUUGAUCCUUCUGUUGGAGAAUGUAUCAAUUUCGAAGAUAUUUCUGAUUGUUCUCAACAGCCAACCACCGGAACACCAGUUGUUGGAAAUGAUGAGGUAAUUGAGAAGAAAAAACUUGAAUUUCUUUAAAAAAUAUUUUUCAGACAACCACCACUGCUGCGACCACAGUUCCAUCCAAUUCCUACAGCUCAAGUUGUCAAUCUGGUGCUCGUGCUUCUAUUGGAUUCUGUGCUUCGAAUUAUCUUGAAUGUGUCGAAAACGCAUACAUCUCGCAAUCUUGCGAAACUGACCAAGUCUUCGACUCAAACUCUAACAAAUGUGUCGCCAAAGAAAACUGUGGACAAGCUUCUGUUUACCAAGUCAUCAAAAACAACGGAAAACCAGAUUCGUCACAACAAGGAGGAUAUCGAUCAGUUGAUAAUCGAUGCGCUUUGGUCAGCAACAAUUCGGUUGUCUCAAUUGGACAAUGUCGAAACAGAUAUAUUCGUUGUAUUGAUUCAACAUCUUCAAUUGAAAAUUGUCAACCAAAUCAAGUUUUCUGCAAUGUUCAAUUGAAAUGUGUCGACAAAUGGUCGAUUCCACAUUGUGCUCGUGCCGCAGCUGCUGCUCAAUCAUCAUAUGGCGGAGUUGUCGCUCAAGCUCAACCAUUCAAUUAUGGUGGUGCUGCUGGUGAUGCGUUUUGUCAAGGAAAAUCCGAUGGAUUGUACAAAAAUCCAUCUGAUUGUUCAGCAAUUCUUCAGGUUAGUCUAUUUAUUAUUCCACUCAUAAUAAAAUUAAUUUUUUUAGUGCUUCGGGGGAGAUUUGUUCGAGUAUCCAUCUUGCCCAUCGGGACUCGCUUUCAAUGAAAUCAGCGGAAAAUGCGACUACCCACAAAAUGUUCCAGGAUGUGAUGUGAGCCAAGACGAUCAAGGAAGUGAAGGUAAUUUGUUUUCAAAAAUUCUGUAACUAUAAAAGUAAUCCUAUAUUUUCAGUUGGAGGAUGUGGAGUUCAUGGUGCAUUCAUUGCCGAUUCAGACAAUUGUUCAAUCUUCUACCGAUGUGUCUGGGGUCGACGAGUCGAAAUGACUUGCCCAUCUGGAACAGUCUUCAAUCCAUCAUUAUCAGUUUGUGAUUGGCCAAGUUCUGUUCCAUCCUGCAAUGCCAAUGCUUCCCCUUCUGAUGAAUCUGACCAAUCCUCUUAUUCUUCUGCAUACCAAUAA